AAAGCGAUAGAGUCGUGGCGAUAGAAUUUAAUUAAGUUUUCCGCCAGUCUCCGUUAACAGCCCAGCAGUUGGAACAGGAUCCGACAGAUCUCCUUCGCGGUAGUGUGAUUCCGACUCAUUUCCACCGCCGCCGUUUGGCCUGUUUGCGUUUAAGGGGAACGCGUUUUCUGCGGUGAAGAAUUUCAAUAAAAAAGUUUUCGAUACCCAUUCGCCGAAGCUUGAACAACGAAAACCAAGUGGUUGACAUAAGCUUGGAAAUGUCGGUUAAAUUGCUCGCUCUGGUGGUGACAGUCCUGGGAGUGGCCGCUUUUGCAGCGACGACCGUCAAGGCUCAGCAGCCAGCCGAAAGCGAUCCGGCAUCAGCGGGACCAAGUUUCGAACAGCUGGUGGAACAACGAGUGGCUUCUACAUUGCAGGUGGUCAACGUACUCGUUGCCAAAUCGAGUGCUCCUCAAGCGGUGAAGGAUGCCGUCGUGGCAAACGCUCAACAGGAGAUAGGGGCCUGUGCGGCUCAAGCCUUGGUUGACAGGCUUCCUGGACCGUUUUUCGCUUGCAGUGGCCACGUGAUUAGUAACGCCAGUAAUACGCUGAAUGCUGCUACCUCAUCUGGUGCUGCAUCGGUGAACUGAGUAUUUUCUUGUAAGCUCGGUAAUUGAAACAUGUGAUAUAUAUACAAUGAA